GUGGCCGUCAGGGGGAGGACAGCGACUCCGCACUCAGCCAGUAGUGUGUGUCGGUGUGUAGCUGAGCCUCUGCAGGACUUUUUCUCUCCUUCUCAGAAUACUUAUUGCUGUGUGUGUGCGCGCGCGCGCACGAUAACGAGCACGAGACGCAGCAGGACGCGUGCGAAAAUGCGAAAAGACGUCCAGGAAGAGUGCGGCUGCUUGUUGAAGAGACGGCGCGGGAGGACGGACGUGAUCGCCCGGUCGGAUGACCUGUGGCAGCACUGAGGAGGAACCAAACCACAGCGGCCUCAGGACACUGUUGAAUGGGGUGAAAACGAAGCGGAAUUCACUCCGAAAGAGCGAGUCCCGAAUCAUUUCCAAGAGCCCCCCCCCCCUUAAAAAAAGAAAAAGAGUCGAGCUAGAGGGAAGGGGAGGAGAGGGGGGCGAAGAAAACGCCCUGCUGCCCGUGGCUGGGAACGCUGAAACUUUAUCGGCGAGUUGGGAAAAUGCAUCUGUGAGUGAGCGGGAGGUGGUUAACUCGAGUGUAACGAUUAGCCGAAGGGCUACAUCGACCCCACGGGCUACAUCGACCCCACGGGCCACAUCGACCCCACGGGCCCCGCUCCUCCGCGGACACGGUGUCUUCGGCACGCGGGGAGCCUCCGCUGUUCGGGACUCCUUUUCCUCCUCGUUGGGCACACGGCUCCUGCUGGAAGCGAGCUGAGAGCCCCGGGGCUGCCCCGCUAGGCCCACGGCCAUUAGCCAGGAACAAAGCGCGUUCACAUGUAAACUCACGCAAAGUUUUUGGAGAACAACAAGAAGAAGAAAAAAACGUCAGGUUUCACUGAACUUUUGUGUGUGUAAACACCGACUCUGCAGCCAUGUCGCUCGGCGCGGAGAGGAGGAUGGAAGCCCGGCUGAAGAAGCUGGAGGACAUGGUCAGAGAUCCCCGAUGUGCCAUAAACCUGGAGAGUUUGCUGGACUCCAUCAACGCCCUGGUCUUGGACUUGGACUACCCGGCACUACGCAAGAACAAGAACAUCGAAACCUUCUUAAUCCGAUAUGAGGCGGUCAUCAAACAGACUCGAGACCUCCAGAUGAAAUCUGAAGACUUUGACAGAGUCAAAGUCAUCGGUCGAGGGGCUUUUGGUGAAGUGCAGUUAGUCCGGCACAAAGCCUCUCAGAAGGUCUACGCCAUGAAGGUGCUGAGCAAGUUUGAGAUGAUCAAACGCUCGGACUCUGCUUUCUUCUGGGAAGAGAGGGACAUCAUGGCCUUCGCCAACAGCCCCUGGGUGGUGCAGUUGUGCUGUGCCUUCCAAGACGAGCACUACCUCUACAUGGUGAUGGAGUACAUGCCGGGAGGCGACCUGGUCAACCUGACCAGCACCUACGACGUGCCGGAGAAGUGGGCCAAGUUCUACACGGCGGAGGUGGUGAUGGCCCUGGACGCCAUCCACUCCAUGGGCUUCAUCCAUCGGGACGUGAAGCCCGACAACAUGCUGCUGGACCGACUCGGACACCUCAAGCUGGCCGACUUUGGCACAUGCAUGAAGAUGAACUCGACCGGCAUGGUGCACUGUGACACGGCUGUGGGGACCCCAGACUACAUCUCUCCGGAGGUGCUGAAGUCCCAGGGAGGAGACGGGUAUUAUGGGAGAGAGUGUGACUGGUGGUCCGUAGGGGUGUUCAUCUUCGAGAUGCUUGUUGGUGACACGCCGUUCUACGCCGACUCUCUGGUGGGAACCUACAGCAAGAUCAUGGACCACAAGAACUCCCUUAACUUCCCAGACGAUGUGGAGAUCUCCAAAGAUGCCAAGAAUAUCAUCUGUGCCUUCCUGACCGACAGGGAGGUGCGAUUGGGCAGAAACGGCGUGGAGGAAAUCAAGUGCCACCCUUUCUUCAAGAACGACCUGUGGACUUUCGACACCAUCAGAGACACGGUCGCCCCUGUGGUCCCAGAGCUUAGCAGUGACAUAGACACCAGUAACUUCGACGAGAUUGAAGAUGACAAAGGCGACGUGGAGACGUUCCCCAAACCUAAGGCCUUCGUGGGAAACCAGCUCCCUUUUGUGGGCUUCACUUACUUCAAAGACGACCAGUUAUUGAAUGCUUCCAACAAUGUGCUGGUGACCCACGACAAUUCCAAAGGCGAGUCGGCGGCGCUGCAGAAGAAACUGCGUCACCUGGAGGUUCAGCUGAAUAACGAGAAGCAGGUCAUAGGCGAUCUGGAGCACAAACACAGAGCUGCCACCAGCCGUCUGGACAAAAUCUCCAAAGAACUUGAGGAUGAGGUGAGCGGCAGGAAGAACCUGGAGGCGGCGCUGCGGCAGAUGGAGAGAGAGAAGGCGCUGCUGCAGCACAAAAGCCUGGAGAGCAGCCGCAAGGCCGAGGGCGAGGCCGACCGGAAGCGCGCACUGGAGAACGAAGUUAACAGCCUUCGAGACCAGCUGGAUGACAUGAAGAAGAGGAACCAGAAUUCCCACAUUUCCAACGAGAAGAACAUUCACCUGCAGAAACAGCUGGAGGAAGCCAACACGUUGCUGCGGGCCGAGUCGGAGGCGGCGACGAGGCUCCGUAAAACCCAGACGGAGAGCAGCAAGCAGCUGCAGCAGCUGGAGGCCAACGUGCGCGAGCUGCAGGACAAAAGCUGCCUGCUGGAGCGCAGCAAGUUGAGCCUGGAGAAGGAAUGCAUUAGCCUGCAGGCCGCGCUGGAGGCAGAGAGGAGGGAGCACAGCCAGGGCUCCGAGACCAUCUGUGACCUAAUGGGACGCAUCUCCAGCCUCGAGGACGAGGCCCGUCAGCAGAGACAGACUCUGUCCAAAACCGAGUCCGAGAAGAGACAACUUCAGGAAAAACACACCGAUCUGGAGAAGGAGAAGAGCAACAAGGAGAUUGAUUUAACCUACAGGCUGAAGGUGGUGCAGCAGGAGCUGGAGCAGGAGGAGGCCUCUCACAAGGCCACCAGGGCGCUGCUGGCAGACAAGAGCAAGAUCAAAGUAACCAUCGAGGGCGCCAAGUCGGAGUCCAUGAAGGGUAAAGAGAUGAAUCAGAAGCUGGCGGAGGAGCGGGCGGCCAAACUCCGGCUGGAGAACCGGAUCCUGGAUCUAGAGAAGCACAGCAGCAUGAUGGACUGCGACUAUAAACAGGCUCUGCAGAAACUAGACGAGCUGCGCAGACACAAGGACCGACUGACCGAGGAGGUGAAGAACCUGACGCUGAAGAUCGAGCAGGAGACCCAAAAGCGCAGCCUGACCCAGAACGACCUGAAAGCCCAGAACCAGCAGCUCAACUCUCUGCGGACCUCCGAGAAGCAGCUCAAGCAGGAGGCGAACCACCUGCUCGACAUCAAGCGCAGCCUGGAGAAGCAGAACCAAGAGCUGCGCAAAGAGAGACAGGACACGGACGGGCAAAUGAAGGAGCUACAGGACCAGUUAGAAGCCGAGCAGUACUUCUCUACGCUGUACAAGACCCAGGUCCGAGAACUAAAGGAGGAGUGCGAGGAGAGGAACAAACUGCACAAAGACGCACAGCAGGCUCUGCAGGAGCUACAGGAGGAGAGGGAUUCAUUGGCGGCGCAGCUCGAGAUCACACUGACGAAGGCCGACUCGGAGCAGCUGGCGCGCUCCAUCGCCGAGGAGCAGUACUCGGACCUGGAGAAGGAGAAGAUAAUGAAGGAGCUGGAGCUGAAGGAGAUGAUGGCCCGCCACCGCCAAGACCUGUCUGAGAAAGACAUCACCAUCGGCUCGCAGCUGGAAGAAGCCAACAGGACCCUGACAUGUGAUGUCGCCAACCUAGCCAAUGAGAAGGAGGAGCUGAACAACAAACUGAAGGAGGCGAUGGAAGAAUCUGAAAAGUCAAAGGAUUGGGAGCAGCAGAUCAGCCAGAUGAAGCAGGCCUUCGAGAAGCAGCUGCAGUCAGAGAGGACGCUGAAGACUCAGGCCGUCAACAAGCUGGCAGAGAUAAUGAACAGGAAGGAGCUGCGCGGCGGAGGCAGUCGCCGGGGCAACGACACGGACAUGCGGCGGAAGGAGAAGGAGAACAGGAAGCUGCAGUUGGAGCUGAGGUCUGAGAAGGAAAAGCUCAACAGCAGCAUCAUCAAAUAUCAGAGGGAGAUCAACGAGAUGCAGGCGCAACUGUCUGAGGAGAGCCAGAUGCGCAUUGAGCUGCAGAUGGCCCUGGACAGCAAGGACAGCGACAUCGAGCAGCUGAGGAACCGGCUGCAGACGCUCAGUGUCCAGUCCAUGGACUCUGCCAGCGUCAGCAGCGGGCCGGACUUUGACACCGACGACGGGUACACAGAAAUGAGACUGGAGGGCUGGCUCUCUCUUCCUGUAAGAAACAACACCAAGAAGUUUGGCUGGGAGAGGAAGUAUGUUGUGGUGAGCAGCAAGAAGAUUCUCUUCUACAACAACGAGCUAGACAAAGAGCAGUCCAUUCCCUACAUGGUGCUAGAUAUAGACAAACUCUUCCACGUGAGGCCCGUCACUCAGACCGACGUGUACCGCGCUGACGCCAAAGAGAUUCCCAGGAUAUUUCAGAUUCUUUAUGCUAACGAAGGCGAGAGCAAAAAGGAGCCCGAGUUCCCCGUGGACCCGCUGCCCAUCGGAGAGAAGUCCAGCUACAUCUGCCACAAGGGCCAUGAGUUCAUCCCCACGCUCUACCACUUCCCCACCAACUGCGAGGCCUGCACCAAGCCGCUGUGGAACAUGUUCAAGCCGCCGGCGGCCCUGGAGUGCCGGCGCUGCCACAUCAAGUGCCACAAGGACCACAUGGACAAGAAGGAGGAGAUCAUCGCUCCCUGCAAAGUGAACUACGACGUGUCCUCGGCCAAGAACCUGCUGCUGCUGGCCGUGUCCCAGGAGGAGCAGCAGAAGUGGGUGAGCCGACUGGUCAAGAAGAUCCCCAAGAAGCCUCUGCCGCCGGAGCAGUUUGCACGCUCCUCGCCGCGCGCCUCCAUGAAGGUCCAGCCCAGCCAGUCCAUGAGGAGACCCAGUCGACAGCUGCCCACCAGCAAGAGCAGUUAACCUCUCCAGAGGCUGCGCCGCGUCGUCAAGGUGAUACUGGGGGGGUGUGGUCCCGCCUCAAAUCAAAGACUACACAACGCUCUGUCUGCUGAUCGGCACACUGAACUCCACGUCGCUUCUUCACAACCCCCUCCCAUCGGGCAUCUGCUUCGGGACAGUCACAAAGUCUAGUUUCCUAUUUUUAUUUAAGUUUUUUGGGGGUUGAACUUCUUUCCAAGGCACUCGAAGCGGUAACCGCUUCACAAGUCACAUGGUGAUCUUUUCACCCAGCUGGACAACUUGAGAAGCUUGCUGAGCUCCCGCAGAGCAGAAGAGAGUCUUCUGUGCAAGAUGAAAGGAGGAGGGGGGGGUACACUUUACCUCAGCGCCGUCUGAAUGAAGGACCCAGCGGGAAAAUUCUUCUCACCACCUUGUUUAGGGGGAGAUUCUUGUGGCCAAAUAAUUUGUGUUUGAAUGAUUGUGAAAUAUAUGAAGGGUUUGAUGGGUGUUGACACUACACUUAGAACAUAUGUUGGCUAAGACGCAGCUAAGACUGUUGAACUCAAAUCCCAGAUCCAGUUACAUUGGCUUUUCUUUUCUUCUUUUUUUACAUAUUGAUUGUAGCUUCGAUUCUGCUUUCAGGAGGAAAAAACCUGAAUGAGGCACUUAAGCAAGAAAAAAACCCUUCUAGGGACCUUCUGGGGCAACGGCUCACCUGUGCACAGGCUCCUGCUCCGGGGCAGGGGGGCAUUAGAUGGAGGUCCGUAAGGGGUUGGUGUUUACUGAAUUCAAGGGGCCCCCUGUUGAUGUUUGUUUGAAUGUACAUCUGCGUCUUCACCAGAGACCACAUGCAGGCAUUAUGUGACUUCUAUUUAUCCAAGUAUACUUGACCGGAGCCCCCUCUCCAUCACCAAACUACUCUCGAGUGAACCUGCAUGUGUUUGCCUUUUCAGGCCUCACACUUAAGUGCUGUCACCCACCCGCCUCCACCUGCUAGCAGUGUAGGUUUUUUUGUAUUUUUUUGUGUUGUAGUCAUUCCCAGCAAUACAAACGAGGAGCAAUGAACCAGUAAGAACCAGAAACAAAGAAGGUGUGUAAUCACAUCGCAGGAGUCCAAAUACUGAGCAGCACUAUUCCGUUGAAAGUUUUUCUAAAAGUGUUUGUCCUGAUAUUUUUGUAUUAAAAAAAUAACCAAACGCAUGAGUUUGGGCACAUUGUUGUGGAUGUGGCUUAUAUAGCAGGUGGAGAGUAACCAUGUAUGUAUGUCUAUGUGUGUUGUGCGUGUGUGUGUGCGUGUACGGAGUGCUCUCCUUUAACCAAGAAGCAUGUUUUAUACAUAUAAAUAUACACAGUAUAUAUUUUACAUGCCAUACAGUGCACACUAUUAUUUAUACUGCCUUGUCCACUUUGUAUUUAAAGGGCUCUACAUCCAGAAUGCAUGUUUGCUACCAAUCGGCUCUAUUUUAGUAAUAACUACUUCAACAAUAAAGAUGUGGAUGUGC